AUGUCAGGAUAAUAAGCCAUGAUGCCAAUGAAAACUCUAAAUUUGCAUGCAAAUCAUGAAGGAAUGAUACACGAUGCUUAAUACGAUUACUACGGAAAGAGAUUAGCUACCUGCUCUAAUGAUGGAAAAAUUCAUAUUUUUGAUACUUCUGGUAGAAAUGAUGGAAAUAAAGUUACUAUCACUACUGAAAAACACGAAAAUCCCCAUAGUGGUCCCAUUUGGAAAAUAGCUUGGGCUCACCCUCGUUUCGGAACACUUUUAGCAUCUUGCUCAUUUGAUAAAAGCGUCGCUAUUCAUAGAGAUAUGCUUUCAUAAAGUUAAUAAGGAAGUUGGACUAAUGUUUGGAAAAAAUAAUUUGAUGGAUCUAUGAAUUAUCUUUAAUUUAGUCCUUGGGAAUGUGGUCUUCACCUCGCUGCUGCAUCUUCAAGUGGCAAAGUAUGUAUUAUAAGCUAAAGAUAAAAAGACAACACUUUCUCCUCUUCUGACUGGUAAGCUCAUGAUUUAGGUGUUAAUAGUUUAUCAUGGUAACCAUACCAACUUAGUGAAGAAAUGACUGUUGAUUAAAUUGAUAAAAGCUUGGUCGUUUUCCCAAAAAUAGUAACUGGUAGCUGUGAUAAAACAUUAAAAGUCUGGAGUAUUUCAAUUGAAAAUGAUAAAUUAAACUACAAAAAAAUAAUUGAGUUGAAGGAUAUCCAUUAAGAUUGGAUUAGAGACGUUGCUUGGUGCCCAGCUAUCGGAAAUUCUUAUGAUUUAAUUGCAAGUUGCUCAGAAGAUUCUAAGGUUGUACUUUGGAAAUUGUAUCCUAACUAAACUGAAGAUGGUUAUGAUAGAGUUGAACCAACAAUUUUAAAAGGUAAUUUUGAAGGACCUGUAUGGAGAUUAAGCUGGUCUCUUACAGGAAAUAUGUUAGCAGUAUCUGCAGCUACUUAAAAUAACGAUAAUUAAGUUGUUGUAUAUCAAGAAAAUGAUAGAGGAGAAUGGGAAAUAAUCAACAGUAUUGACUAAGAUGAAGAUAAUGGUGCUAAUUGA